CUGGCACAGCUGGCGCUCGUCGACAUGCCAGCCAUUGUGUCUCCCCCAUUGAUUCCUCGACCUCGCCCUACCUGCCACCUCCAUGCUUAUCACCCACCUGGCUGGGCCUCCGCUGCUAGCUGUCGGGUCUAUCUCGCGACUCAGUCCCAGCUGCCAGACUCCACUCCUGCCAGCACUUUCCCAUCUUGUUUCAUCGAUUCGCCGCCAUCACCACUUGAUCAUUGUCGUGCCACCAUACUCCAGGCUUCGGAACCGCCCUGUGCCUCGAACAGCAACCGCCCCUCGUCAGGCGAAAGCAGCUGAUUACCACCACACACUGGGCCCCGCCCAGCUCUAGCAUCCAGACACCCAACGGCACACAGCACGCUUGAUUAGGCCUCGUCGUCGUCUCUGCUUUGUGCAUUCGCCUGACUAGUGCCUCAUUUCUGCCUUCUGCCUCUUCUUUUGCUUCUGCUUCUGUUCUCUUCUCUUUCGUCUUUUUCUUUUGGAGAUUUUCUAGCAUCCCUUUCCCUUGUUCGUUUUGUCGUUGCUCGCUUUGAGGCUUGGACUCUGGUCCGUCUUGGGUGUCGUCUUGGGUUCGUUGCCUACUGUACUGUCGUGUGCCUUAGGCCGUGGAUUUUCGCGUGAGGCUUUGCGUGCUUGCUGCUCGUCUUGGUAGCACAUGCACAUGCGUUCGUGCUUCCGUCGCAGCAUCCUUUGACGGCCCUCAUCCCAGUAAGGGCCUCAGUUGGACUCGGAGCGGAACCACUAAGCCACACGGCAAACCAGCCUCAGCCCACGUGCGCCAUGAUGGCCACCAUCGCUCUACCGCGGCCCAUCCCACCCCAUCGUGCCUCGUCGGGCAUCACGUCGCUCGCCCCCUCAUCCAUCCCGAUAGACAACAUCAACGCCGCCGCCGGUCCCAUCCCGAACAAACACCUACCCACAUGUCCCCCGGGCCCGGUCCCCGUCUCAGUACCCCAGCAGCAGCCUGCGCGAGACGGGCCCCAGUCUCCCGAACAUGACCCCGACUGUUCGCCCUCGUCCUUCCUCCAUCCUCCGGACCGCUUCCCCCGCCUUCGGCCUACCGAUGGGGGCUCCCUCAGCCUCUAUCAGAUUGCAGCCAGCGAUAUUGUCGCUGCCCUGGACCACACUGCCCGCCAGCCCUUGCCCAGCCCGGCUGCCGUCUUUCCCUGGUUGCACGGCCUCAACCCGGCCAACCACAUCCAACAGGCCUUCUUCGUCCAGCGCCGCCGUGCCCUGCGGAAAACACCUCGCUGCCUGCGCGGGCUCACACUGGUCAAAGCUGAUGGCGACCUUUCCACCUCGCGCCUCAAGGGCGCCAUUGCCCCACAUGAAUUCCUCCAGCCCGGCGAUGCUGCCGAGUUCCUUGACGUUGAUCCCCGUGAUGGCUUCUCGGUCCGUAACUUUCAGAUACAGGCUGCCAAGAACGCUAUGACCUCUGACAUCAUCGUCUAUGGAGAUGAUGAGCUCCUCGUCCGGAGGCUGGGUUGGGACAUCGCAAACGCUCAGCACCUGUGGCGGCAGAAGCACGAGGCUGGAGGAGACAUACUCCCGCGCUACAACACCUUUGUCUGCUUCGCUCCCUUUUCUGACUUUGAACAAUACCACCCGGGCAUCGUGGCCGUCAGCUCGGCUGGCCAUCUGACGGGCAGCGCCGUGGACUUGUUCAGCCAGGAGCGCAAGGAGAUGUACGCCAUGACCCAGGCCUCGGAAAUUUCGCACAAUGUGUGGCUGGGCCCCACGCCCGACCCUGGGACUGACGAUGAAUCUGGCUUCGACGUGCUUAUCGAGUGUACCGACAUGGGUCAGUUAAACCCCGAUACCCUCCAGUCCCUUGUUGGCCGCCCCGAAAUGGCCAUCCAGCAGGCCUUCCUUGAAUUCCCGUCAUCAGGCUCGAUCCUGCCACCGACCUGGUCCCAAUCCGAAGCGGACGGCAUUCUCGAAACGUGCAAGUCCCUUUAUCAUCUAGCCCACGGAACCUGCCCAACGCCAUCCGAUGGGCUGUCUCCCAGCGGCCUGGGGGAGGUCGCUUCUAAAACCAGUGACGUAUCGAUGGCGGCGAGCCUCCCGCCCAGGAAGAUCCUCAUUCACUGUCAGGACGGUUACACGGAGACGACCCUGCUUGGCAUAGCCUAUCUCAGCUACAGCACUGGCAUCCCUGUUCCCCAGGCAUGGCUGGACCUCCACACCGUAAAGAAGCGCAACUUCUUUGCUUACCCUACUGAUGUUGCUUUGCUAAACGCCAUAGCCGCCCGUCUGCUCACAGCCUCGCCAGCGUGCGCGCAUAUGGGUCUGGCAGAUGUGACGGCUAUGUUGAGCGAUGAACCCAAGUGGCUGCCCGCACUUGACGGCUCGUUUCCCAGCAGGAUCCUCGACUAUAUGUAUCUCGGAAACCUGGGACACGCCAACAACACGGACCUCCUUAAGGUCCUGGGCAUUGGCCAGAUCCUCAGCGUCGGCGAGAUGGUUAUGUGGAGAGAGGGCGAGCUCGAGGAAUGGGGUCCGGAAAACGUCUGCAACGUCCAGGGAGUCCAGGAUAACGGCAUAGACCCCCUGACGAGCGAAUUUGAGAGGUGCUUGGAUUUUAUAGAGCGAGGUCGACGCAACGGUACAGCAACUUUGGUGCACUGCCGCGUUGGGGUCUCUCGCAGCGCCACCAUUUGCAUCGCCGAGGUGAUGCGCGAGAUGAAGCUAUCGUUUCCGAGAGCCUACAGCUUUGUCCGGGCCCGCAGGCUCAACGUUAUCAUCCAACCCCACUUGAGAUUUGCGUACGAGCUGCUCAAAUGGGAGGAGCUGCUCCAGACACGCCGAUGCGAAGAGGUGAAGCGGGAACUCGAGUGGGCCGAAAUCUCGCGCGAGAUAGCCCUUAUGAACCGACCAUACGCAAGAUGAGCCAAGAUAUCAUCACAUCCGCUCCCUCCCAAGCUCCUGGGCCACGAAGAGUGUCGGGAGUCUAUGCUAUGGGAAGCUCUCAAGCUUCUGAGCAGAGGUUACUCAAGGCGCCUCCAGGAUACCGUUCGACUGUGGAUUUUCGCCCACUAGGCGUCGCGCCUAGCUUUGAUGUCAGGGCCGUUAAAGACCGACAGUCUCCCGGAAUAUCUCUAGCGGCGUAGUUACCGGCGGCACCACGGCCGUAUGGUUUCGACAGGCCCUUCAUCCGAGCAGGCCCUCGGCAUCCACGAAGGUGACACCCGAGACCACUGCGGUUCGGUCGUCGGCUUAUCAGUCCGGCCGUCUCCUCUCGAAACGCUAUCAUUCUUGACGAUCCUGAAUGAUAUAUGUUUUCACGACACCUUUUCUUCCUGGGCGAUUCGGAAACUUGAUCUCUUGUUGUUAUCUGGAUUUUGGUUCAUUUCUUUUUCUGGCACAUACGUGCAAUACGCUAAAACCCGCGUGCGACAGAAUCCCGCAUCGUUCUUUAACACAGCCUGUGAUCUCUGGGGUUAGGAAAUCCUGCCGAGCUUUUACGUGAGGUUUACUUUUUUAUGAAUAAUAACAAUAUUCCGUAAGCACUAAGAGCAAUAUAAAUGAGGGAUAAUACCUUGCGUGGUCAAUUGGUAGCCACGAUAUGAGGAGACUUGCUAGUCUGGCACUCAUGCCUGUAGCUAUAGGGCUAUAUUUCCAAAAUCUAAAAUGCGUCGCUUCUCCGACGCCAGCGCGAAAGAGAUGUGAGACCCUACCGAGGAUAAGGUCCUGAG